AUGAGUGAUUUAUGUCCAGUUUAUGCUCCAUUCUUUGGUGCUAUGGGUUGUGCAGCAGCCAUUGUUUUCACCUCCUUCGGUGCCGCUUAUGGUACUGCCAAAUCAGGUGUCGGUAUUUGUGCAUCAUGUGUCCUAAGGCCUGAUCUUUUAGUCAAAAGUAUUAUUCCAGUCGUUAUGGCUGGUAUCAUUGCCAUUUAUGGGUUGGUCGUUUCUGUCUUGGUUAGUUCUUCAUUGGCUCAAAGUCAAGCUUUAUAUACUGGGUUCUUACAAUUAGGUGCAGGUCUUUCUGUCGGAUUGAGUGGACUAGCAGCUGGGUUCGCCAUUGGUAUUGUCGGUGAUGCAGGUGUCAGAGGGACUGCUCAUCAACCAAGAUUGUUCGUCGGUAUGGUUUUGAUUUUGAUUUUCGCUGAAGUUUUAGGUUUAUAUGGGUUGAUUGUCGCUUUAUUGUUAAACUCUAGAUCAACUCAAGAUGUUAGCUGUUAA